GAAAAGAGAAGUAGAACUCCACCAACACAAAACAACGCCAUCAAACUGACCUGUUUUUUUUCUUGUUCUUUUUUCUUGUUCUUUCCUUUAUUCCUUUUUGCUGGUGAAUUUAUCACUGCCCAUCAAAAAGUUUUUUUUUUUUUGCCUCUUCAUAUGUAUUGGGUUUAAAAAACUUAAAGACAUCUUAGAGAGAGAGAGAGAGAGAGAGAGAGAGAGAGAGAGAGCGCAAAGUGAGAGAUCAUCUUCAUCAUUUUGAAUCUAAUGGAGCAGCUCGUCAACUUUAUCAUUCGGCCUCCAAGGGCUGAAUAUGACCCUAAACAUGAUCUAUUGGAAGAAGAGUUUAUGCUGAGGGGAAAAUGGUAUAAACGAAAUGAUGUAGAGAUUAAGAACAGUCGGGGAGAUGUCCUUCAGUGUAGUCAUUACGUGCCCAUUGUUGCUCCUGAAGAAAAGCCUUUGCCCUGUGUAAUAUACUGCCAUGGAAACAGUGGGUGCAGAGCUGACGCUAGUGAAGCAGCUAUUAUUUUGCUUCCUUCAAACAUUACUGUUUUCACUCUUGAUUUCUCAGGAUCCGGACUCUCGGGAGGACAGCAUGUCACUCUAGGGUGGAAUGAAAAGGAUGAUCUAAGAGCUAUAGUUGAAUAUCUGCGAGCAGAUGGAAAUGUCUCUUUAAUAGGCUUGUGGGGCCGGUCAAUGGGCGCUGUCACUAGCCUUAUGUAUGGAGCCGAGGAUCUUUCUAUUGCCGGAAUGGUUCUUGACAGUCCCUUUUCUGAUUUGGUUGACUUGAUGAUGGAGCUGGUAGAUACGUAUAGAGUUCGCUUACCAAAGUUCACAGUGAAGUAUGCGAUCCAAUACAUGCGUAGAGUUAUCCAGAGAAAGGCAAAGUUUGACAUAACGGAUCUGAACACUAUUAAGGUGGCGAAAACAUGCUUUGUUCCAGUUCUGUUUGGGCAUGCCACUGACGAUGAUUUUAUUCGUCCUCACCAUUCAGAUCGUAUAUAUGAUGCUUAUGUGGGAGACAAAAAUAUCAUCAAAUUUGAGGGAGAUCACAACUCUCCACGGCCUCAGUUCUACUUUGAUUCGAUUAAUAUCUUUUUUCAUAAUGUUUUACAACCUCCUGAGGAUGAGGUGGGGGAAGCCUUUUUUGACCCUUUGCAUGAGUACUUCGGUAAGGGUGCGUGGAGAACGGUUCGUCCAGUAGACCAUGACCAUGAACUUUCUAGUCCAUCCACAGAACCCACAUCUGGCAGUGCACAAGAUGACAUUAAACGACUUCGUUCAAGAAGGCCUAUGAGUCGGACAGAGGUUCCUUCUGACAUUAUACCUAAAGAUGAUCAAUCCAAAACUAAGGAUCAAAAAGGUGACGAUCUUUGCUCGUCAUCAUCUCAAAUGAUUAGCUUUGAAUUCACCAAUGGCAGUCAAUGUGGACCUCAUCUUCCUACCACAAUGGAUGAUGAUCAAUAUGUCGAAUACGAACUUGAUGACUUGUCAGGGUUUCCAAGCGAUGUGGAUGAGGAAAAAAGGAUGUUCAUGGAAGCGGUUCUGUUGUCGUUGAAGGACCUGAAUACGAGACAUCCACAACCACUGGCAGAAGAACAGCCAGCAAGCACAGGCCCUGAUUCCUCGAAAUCUACACAGAAAGAUGAUAAUUCAGAAGCUGCUUUGUCCACUAAGCCCCUUGAGCAUUUAAAGACAGAAGCUACUUCAACUUCAGUACAUCAAAGUGGUUUGUUAAAAGAAGAAUCUACUUCCGCUUCGGUUACCAAAACCCAUGUUUCCGAACACAAGCAUCAAACUCAUGACGCAAGAGAUCCAUCGACGGAACCUGCGUUGGACGUCUCCAUGUCUGCGAAGGGCUCAGGAAGCUCUGGGCCUUCUCACAAUGCUACUUCAUCAAGCACCCAAAGCACAUCAGAAGCCGAUCUCUCAGCAAAUACUAAAGCCACAUUGACAGUGGAAAGAAACCCAACUAGCAAUAUCAUGGAUGGUUUGAUUCGCCGUUGGGAUUUCAGCUUCUUUCGAAACAAUCAAAGUAAAUAGAUGAUUUUUUUUUGUUUUUCCUGCUUGGUUCCUCUUCUAGCAAACGAUAUGAUGCAUUUGUUUUGUAACUAAGAAAUCUUUUCAUGAACAGUAGAUUGUAGAAUGAUUGACCCAAUUGGGGAAAGGGUAAAGAAAAGGUAUUGUGAAUGCGUGUAAA